AUGCGGUGGGCCAUCAACGGCGUGUCGCUCCGGUUCCCAGCGAUGCCGUACCUCGUCUCCAUGACCCGCAGGCUACGGGCCGCGUACGACCAGCGCCUCCCGGCGGACGUGUACGACCACAGUCCACAGGAGCGACGACAUCCCCUCCUCCUCAGCGGUGGCGGCGGGAGGGAUGGUGGCGAGCACGGCGUACUGGCUGGCGCUGGGUCGGUGGUGGACGUGGUGCUGCAGAACGUGGUGGCGCUCGACAACCGGAGCGAGACGCACCCGUGGCACCUCCACGGCACGACUUCUGUUCGCUGUACUGUGGCUGGUGGCUGGCCUAACUCGCUGCUCGUCUCCCGUCUCCCGUCGCGUCGCGUCCGAGAAGUUCCAUCUUCUACCCGAUUGCGACAGCCUCCACUUCGCCCCCAAAGGUUUUUGCGCCGCCGGAGAUGGACGUGGCAGCCCCUCAAUGCCGAGCUCGCCGCCAAGUCCGCUCGCAUCGCCGAACUGGAGGCUAGGGUCUCGCUCCUCCAAGCCGAGAACGCGCGACUGAGGGAGGCCCUGGCGAGGGGAGAAGCUACGGGCCGUACAGGCGCGAGAGAUCCGGAGUCUGGCCGAUUGGCGGCGGGUCCAGGCGGAAUCGAGCGCGAGGCAGUCGAGAAGCUCGGCGGCGAGGGCGUGGCCUGCGCCAUCAUUGAGGUCAGUGACGGCGACGAGGAGGUUGCUGCUGUUGAUGGCACCAAGGGGCGGCGGAACCCGGAGGAGGGCGCCGUUGCCGCCCCGACUCGUCGGAAGCGGGUGGUGACCAGCGAGGGCGAGGGUGAAGCCGACGUGGACGAGGACACAGAGGGAGGCAGCGGCGGAAGCAACGGGGUAGAUUGCGGGGGUCUGGAGGACGAUGAUGUUUCCAUCACGCCCCGAGGAAAGAGGCGGGCGGCGGCUCGGGUGGUCACCAGCGACAGCGAGGACGAGGGUCGCGGUGAGCUUGGUAGUACGGAGGAUGACGCCGGUGAUCAGGAGGCAGGUGUUGCGUCCAGCAGGAAGCGUGGGCUGUGUGGAAUCAGCGACAGUGAUGAUGAGGAUGUCACUGAGGGUGUUCCUGUGGUUGCUCCGAAGGGCGCUUCAGGUGUAGUUGCGCCGCAGAUUGAGAGUGGGGAUGAAGAUGAGGAUGAUACGGUUCCCAUUCGUCAAGUGCUCAAGAAGAUGAGGAAAGAGAGGGCGAGCGAAGAUGAUGCUGCUGCUGAUGAAUUGCGUGAAGCAGGAGGGCGUUCUGCUCCCACGACAAGGCGCUCGGCUCGGUUGGUUAAAAAGCAGUCAAAAGGGGGACGGGCUUCACGCCGGGUGACCAACUUUGUUGAACCCAAGGAUUAUGAAAGGAGUGAAGAUGAUAUGGAGGAAGACGAUGAUAUGGAUGGGUUCAUAAAUAAUGAUUCCUCUGAAGAUGCCAGUGAUUCUGCUGAAGAAUCCCGCAAUGAGGAAUCAGAUGUGUCUGGUACAUCUGUUCCUAGUGAAGAAUCCUCUUCAGGAUCAGAAGAGUGUGAUGGUGUGGAAGACUAUAAAGGUGUUAUGGCUCGUCUGGGCCGUAGAAAGAAAGCUAAAGACUGGAAAUUUGAGGGAGAUAUGCUAGCAGCAUUUGGUGAACACUCUGAGCUUUGCCUGAAGGCUGUUUGUGCCCUCUAUCGGAAGCAAACUCAGGAGGAACAGAUGGAAAAGGCCGCUUUAGUUCAUAAUAAGCAGGGAUUUAGCCACAUCGAUGCCCCAAGGUUGGAGGGUCUUGUUGAGGGGAAAUUUCAGUGCUAUAUAUCUUGCACAACCACAUGGGGAUCUCACAUAGCAGAAUUCCUUUUGGGUGGUGAUCGUGAUGGUCCGCUGAUGAAGACCAUCCCUGAUCUGGAGAAGCAUGAUCCGAGUGCUGUCGGGUUCUGUCGCAAGGUGGCUUCAAAUUACUCGAAACAAUUGUUUGCAAUUUAUCAGAACAAGGAGGACCCCUACUUUCAUCCAUAGCUCUGCUGACGUACAGUACACCUUAGUUUGAUUUGUUGACUUUGGAGAAUGCAGCGGCCCUGAUGUGUCACUGGGAUAUGCUUGUGUAGCAGAACGUGUGUCCUAUGUUGUUUGUGCUGCAGUAUCUCUUUCUUAGUAUUUUGGAGAAUCUGGUCUGCCUAUUGCUUCGAAAGAUCAAAGCCCGAGUUAGUAAUUUUAAAAUACCACGAUGUUAUUGGAGAA